GAAUUUAAAUUUUUAUUUUGAAAAAACAAAAUCAUGACUCUGCAGCAUCCACGUCCUUGAGAGGAGAGAAGUCACAGCUUGACGUCCACGCUCAGUCCAGCUGAUUGUUUUCAGCUGUGACUCACUAAUUAGUAGGUUAUCAGCACAGCUGGAACGGAUGGAGUGAUGAUUAACGGAAAAAAAAGGUACUUUUGAAAUUGGUUUGAAAAUUGUCCAAACCAUCCAAACCUUAUCAUCCCCCACUCAGAUGUUUCUAGUCUUGUUUUUUGUCACAUGAAAAUCUCAGUGUCUUCUCCUCUACUCGGGGUUCACAGGUGGAAUCUGUGUCCAUAUUAGCAGAGAGUAGAGGUGCCAGGUCCUGCUUGUGUUUGUCUGCCCAGUCUGUGAGAGCACAUGUGUGGUCAGGUUGGACCGGCGACCAAAGCCCGUCACACGAAUUCCUUUUCAUUCAGCUGGAGUUGAAAAGAAGAGACGGACAAAAAGAGGGUGAAAGUAGAAGCGAGAGGGAGUGAGUCAGUGGCUGGGGGAGGAGGAGGAGGAGGAGUGGGGAAUGUUAGGUUGAGUUGACGAACACACACAAUCCCUGGCAUACAGCUUUUCUGAGUGUCGUGUAAACCUCCCCUUCACUCUCCCUUUUUGUGCCUGUCACACAUGUCCACCCGCCCUCCUCUCUGCCCCACCCUGUGGCCCCUCUGCUGUGGAGUUGGGGGUUUGUCUGCUUCUAUAAAAGCUCGGUUUGCGCCCCAGAUGAGCUUCGUCCCCCGUCAUGGAGAGUCAGAGAAUCCAGUCCUCGUACAGGAAGCGCUUCGGGCCUCAGGGCUCCAGCGCCUCAGCAAGCAGAAUUGGGAGCCUUUCUUCCAGCCGUUUAUCCUGGCACGGCACCCCUCGUACCUUCACCCACUCCAGCCCCGUAUCCAGGGUCUCCCUGGGCUCGGCCAGCACGCUGCACCUCCUGGGGAGUCCGGUGGACCGGCUGGACUUCACGGCAGAGUCCCUGAUGAAAGCCCAGUUCAAGGAGACCCGCACCAACGAGAAGAUGGAGAUGAUGGGCCUGAACGACCGCUUCGCCAGCUACAUUGAGAAGGUUCGUCUCCUGGAGCAGCAGAAUAAGAUUCUGGUAGCUGAACUGAACCAGCUGAAGGGGAAGGAGCCCAGCCACGUGGGAGACAUCUACCAGGAGGAGCUGAGGGAGCUGCGGCGGCAGGUGGACUCUCUCACUGCUGGGAAAUCCAAGUUGGAGAUAGAGAGGGACAACCUGGCUGCAGAUCUGGCAACACUGAAGCAGAGAUUGCAAGAUGAGAACGGACUCAGACAGGAUGCAGAGAACAAUUUGAACACUUUCAGACAGGACGUGGAUGAUGCAGCUCUGACUCGUGUCCAGCUGGAGAGAAAGAUCGAUGCCCUGCAGGAUGAAAUAAACUUCCUGAAGAGGAUUCAUGAUGAGGAGGUGCGUGAGUUACAAGAGCAGAUCAUGGCUCAGCAGGUCCACGUUGAACCAGAUGUGUCCAAACCAGACCUGACCACUGCUCUGAGAGAGAUCAGGGUCCAAUACGAGACCAUGGCCUCCUCCAACAUGCAGGAGACGGAGGAGUGGUACCGAUCCAAGUUUGCUGACCUGUCAGAUGCAGCCAAUCGCAAUGCAGAAGCCCUGCGUGUAGCUAAGCAAGAGUCUAACGAGUAUCGUCGCCAGAUCCAAGUGCUGACCUGUGACCUGGAGGCUCUGCGCGGGACGAACGAGUCUCUGGAACGUCAGCUCAGGGAGAUGGAGGACCGCUUUGCCAUAGAGACCGCUGGUUACCAGGACACUGUGAGCCGCCUGGAGGAGGAGAUCCAUGCCCUGAAGGAGGAGAUGGCCAGGCACCUGCAGGAGUACCAGGACCUCCUCAAUGUCAAGCUGGCCCUGGAUAUUGAGAUCGCCACCUACAGGAAGCUUCUGGAGGGAGAAGAGAGCAGGAUCACCAUUCCAGUGCAGAGCUUCGCCAAUAUGCAGUUCAGAGACACUAAUCUGGACACCAAAACCUCUGAGGCUCAUGUGAAGAGGAGCAUCCUGGUUCGAACAGUGGAGACCAGAGAUGGAGAGGUAACACACUGCACCUCGGCCCCAGUACCAACAGAGGCCAGUGUUGAACCCUUCUAUCAUUAAAGAUACGACUACAGAACGCAAAGAUCUGCCGUAAAGAUCAACGAGCUCCACAAAUCCACGUCGUCAGUGAUCAACCAGAGAAUUCUAAAAGCAUGUUACAUUUUUUUUCUUUUCCUUUCCUGUUGUCAUCGUUUUCUUCUGUCAGUAUCAACAUUAGAAUAAAUCGUUAAGUGUUUCUAAUUAAAUUAGGACUGUGGAAUACUCACCAAAAAAAUCACAAAAAUAAGUCUGUAUUUGGAUUCAAGCCUUUUAUUUUAACCAAUAACUUUAAGCUGCAGAUUUCUCUGUGCUUACAGUAGGAACGUAGUUUAUUUCAGUUGAUAACAUUGGGAUUCUGUUACUUUAACUCUGACAACCAGAUUUUAAGCAUUGAUUCAGAUUAGCUAAGACGUAGAGACUGUGAUCAGCUAAUACCCAGUGUGGAGGAUGUCGACGUGUGGUUACUCUGUAUGUGAAAUUUGGUAACGUUGGAAAAAAGAACCAGGAGGGAACCUGUUGAGUUUGCAGAUGUAAGAGUUGGGUGUUUGGGUGUUGAGUGAGAGAUUUGUGUACGUUAGUGUGGCAGAACGACAGAUAAAUCUGGGCUGGUUUUUGUGUUUUGUUUCUUUUUUUUGUUGUUGUUGUUGUUGCUGUGUUUUCUACUCUCGACUGGUGCUAUUUUUUUUUCAGUUUUCAGCUGUAGUUGCUGCCUCUGCUUGGUAUUUGCACAGAAAAUAUCCUGCCCACCGGCACUAGUGUGAUAUUAGAUCUGUUCUCAGGUUCAAACUGGGUCAAACAAUGUUUUUGUCUUUCCUCGUACGACCCUUUUCAGAUGAACACAGAUGAGAGGCAUCUCAUCUAGGAUUUUCAAAAUUCAGUUGGGUUUUGACUACUGACUACAUACUGUAUUCAGAAACUACUUUUACUACUACUACUACCGACACCUUCUGUACCUUAUGUUCUGUGUUGUUUAUUCUGUCGAGGACAGUGAAGACCCUGGAGGAGGUUGUCUUCAAAAGUCACUUAUUUUACUUCACUCUCUUCAAUCAAAUUGCAAAAUCAAUAACUCGACUCCAGCUGAUUACACUGCUGUCGACUGGCUUCAUGUCCACGAUGUUGCAGAUGCUGAGACUGACGUUUUUUUAAAUUUCUUCGUA